AUGAGUUCAUCAUCAUCAUCAACCUCGUCUUCAUUCAUCCUCCCAGAUAGCCCACCAGCACAGGAGCGUAUCCUCAACUACUGGCAACAGAAAGCUGCCCUCGCUGCCAAGGCGUCCACUGCUGCACUUGCUCCUUCUCCGCUCACCGUGGAACCACCAUCGCCGGGGGAGAUCGUGCUGGGUGACAGUCCAGUUCAACACUUGGCUCCACCUGCUACCUGGGCACCACGACGUGUGGUGCCAACAACUCUGACCAACAACAACAUGAAGCAGAAGCAGUGGAAGAGGAGGAGGUUGGUGUUUGAUGAGCCUGAGGUUAGCGAGGAUGAGGAUGAGACAAUCUUCUCACAAACAAAGAAACUUGCUGCAAUGGAGAACGAGUCAUCGCUUGUCCCCCUGAUGAAGGAAGUGGAGAGGGCAGAGGAGGAUGAGAGGAGGGAGAUGGACUUUGUCCAACUCAUCAAUCAGCCUGCACCCAAACCCUGGGUGCCGCUGAGAGAGUUGAAAGAGGAUGCUCCCUACCCCAUUAUCAGCGCGAGGGAGCAUACCAAUAAACAUGGACGACGAGUUAUUUUGAAAAUUAGCAAUGCAGGAAGCAAAUCUGUGUGUGAGGUAUAUUUACCACAACGAUUUGCUUCCUGCAUUAGCACAGAAAAAAUUGUAGAGUUCAACAAAAAUUGUAAAAAUUUGGUAAUGAUAGUAUCACAUAAGUCAGGGAAUUUGAGUGAUAUAAAAAUUGUUAAGAAUCAACAAUUUUUAUAUCUAUACAAUUCGUCUAAUUAUGUGUUACAAAUUGUAUAG